GAGGAGGAACGCGCCGAGAGUGGAGAACGGAACCGUUCAGUCGCAGCCACGAAGCGGCGCCGUGCGCGACGACGACGACGACGACGACGACGACGACGCCGACGACGACGACGUCGGACAUUCGCGCACGCUACUACCGCAUCCCGCUCUCGUCUCCGCCGUCGGUCGUCUCGUCUCUAUUCGCUCGAAGGGGUUGCCCGAGUCGAACCGGAUCGAAAUUAAAUUUCGAACGUCAUUGGACCGUACGAACGGGGACCACCCUCGUCACGCGAUCUCUUUUCUCGCAAUUUCUUUCGAAAUCCUCGGUGUCGCGGACGUGAGUACGUUGCUUGCUUCCGAAACGAGCCGUCUCGGACGGUACGACGCACGAAUACUUAUCGGGGACGCCGGAGAGCAAGCACGCAGCGUGGGUAGUGAGCCACGGUAGUGGUCGGGUCUAUAAUUAACCACGGAGGACGCGUCUGGCAGCAGAACGAGUUACUAUCCCUGCAAGAAAUCGAGCCGUGACUUUCGAUGGGAAAAAAACUCUCGAUGAAUUAACGACGCAGGAAAAAGUGAAGGAUCCCGCUGACAGAUUAAGGAGUAGGAAACGCGUCGCAAUAGACGUCACACGUCGAUUGGUGAAUUCGAUCGAUCCAGCGAGUCAUGUAACUUCAGGAAACAAUUAAACAGGAUAAUUAUCGACGAACAAUAUUAACAAGUUUUACGGGCUAAUGAAUUUGGAUUUCGUCGAUAGUUGCGAGUGGAGUAAAUCGAUCAUGGAACUCCAUGAAGUGAGUGAAUUGUGCAGUCAUUCAGAAGUGUAACUUUCCUAUUAGUUUCCGUAUAUAAAUAGCGUAGUAAAUUGGGCAAGUGCGCCGUCGCUUCGUCAUCAUUCAAUACCAAUUUUCGCCGCAAGACUCAUCACGGAGCAGGAAUUAAAAUUAACCGCGUGACUCAUUCGAAGGAACGACACGCGGUAGCUCAGUCACGUUUUACGAGCGACGUAAUCUCGCGGAAGUCCGAAUUAACGGCGCCGAGCGCCUCGUUGGCGUUGCGUCGAGAGAAUAAGAAAAAAAAAAGACAACGACAACGAAGACCGGGGAUGAUUGAAGCACUCGAACACGAGAUAACGCGUCGCCGGCAUGCGCUGAUCCGCGAUUAGGCGGCCGAUCGAUCUCCGAAAUUAACGUCCCGCGAGCGUCAAACGAGCUGCGACAGGAUCAUCAAUAGCGUAAUAAAUGUCACUCGCACACGAUCGAUUCGACGCCUUUUGCCAGCCAUGGCGUAAAGAGAGCGCGAUUUAACGGAGAGUGCGAGUUUGACGCCGGUUCACAUUUUGGAUCACGAUCGAACGAAGCGAGACACACGUCGUCGCGUUUCGCGGGUGCGUCCAGUCCAAGUUCCGCGGUCGAGACUCUGACUAGCGCUUUCGGAGCAGACCUCCACACGGUUAUGCACGGAUGGAGGAUGAACGGGGGUGCGUGAGGGAGAGAGGCGGACGCUCUUAAACCGAUGAGAUGACAGUGUUGUGCGUGCUGUGGGCUACUCUGUCCACCGUGGUCUCGAUUCUGGCGUGCGCCGGAUUUUACCUGCCUUACUGGAUUCAGGGACGACUGCUGGGAAAAGCGGACGCGUUCUUCAGUUCCUUUCGGCGUUGCAACUAUCCGCGAAUCAAGGGACCCAACGCUGCGCCCGAGAUCGUUUACGAGUGCGCGAGGUACUCCAGCUUUUGGGACAUACCAAGUGCCUGGUGGCAGGCGAGUACAGUUACGAUGGGAAUUGGCGUCGCGAUCGCAGUGAUUAGCGCACUAACGCUUUUGGCAGCUGCAUCAUCAUUCCUCCCACACAUCCUGAAGACGCCGAAACACUCGAGGAUUCUAGGUUCCUUGCAAUUGCUUGCUGCAGUGAUGAUAAGCGGCGGUCUCGUCAUGUAUCCAAUAGGCUGGGACAAUCGGGAGGUACGCGAGUCCUGCGGGAAGAGUGCCAACGUUUACAAUCUCGGGAAGUGCUCGAUGUCCUGGUCGAGUUACUUGCUGUUCGGCUCGGUGGUGCUGCUGAUACUCUGCUUCGGCCUGAGCUUCUGCGCAGCGCGGCACAAGCCCACGAACCCGCACACGGACCCGUUGCGCAUUUGACAAUCGAGAUACUCCCAGUCGAUUCACGCCUACGCCUCGCCGAAGACGACCACGCUCUCCAUCGUCACGGUCUGUUGAUCGCGCCUGUUGCGUGCACGCGCCCUGCGUGAGUAUGCAACCGCCGACGUCCGUCGUCCAUCCACGUCGCCCGCCGCCGCGCGAAACGAGACGUACAUGUGUCAUCGCGCAUAUAAACACCUCAUACAUUCACGCGCGGGUGCGGGAUCUCGCGCGCCCACGCAAAAUGCUUUCAUGCGUGCUGCGGCGUGCUAGUGUGACGACCGCGUAUGUAUUACAUAUAUUUUUCAAUCCGGACGCAAAUGCAAAUUUUUGCGCAAUUUCGCAUCGGUUUAAUGCAUGGUUUAACGCGCUUGCUGCGUGGCUAACCCGUUGACGUUGACAGACCUCACGUUACAACCGGCGAGACGUAUUUUGUAAAUGGGCUGCUGUGUGUCACGCUCACACAAAGCGUCUACAGACGGAACUGAUCUAUGAGUGAAAUAAUUAAAGGGAUAGAUAUGGGUUGAAAGGAUUAAUUGAUUGUAAAUAAUUAAAUUGCAAUUUAAAAGAAUUGAUUUCCGUAACGUGCUGCAAAGGAAGCCAAAGUCUAGCUUCGUGUAGCUGAAACUGUAUGAUUCAGAAUAAUUUGAAAUUGAUAGAUAACUUUAAAAGUGUUUUAUUUUUUUUAAAUGUAUUUCUUAAGUUGCAGAAUAUUGCGAAGAUGCAAAAUAUCUCUAAUCAAAUAAUUUCUUCUAAUUAAGCAAUUAUUAAUUUAAUAUAGCUUCUUGCGAAAGCAGAUUUCCAAAACGGAAAUUUGUAAACUGCAGUUAAAGCAGCUCUGAUGAAAUAACUUCUAAAUAAUUUCUUAAUUAAUGUAUCCCGCUGCGAGAGCAGAUUUGCAAGAUAAACGAAAAUUAGAAAUUCAUAGUUAACCAAAAUCCACGGAUCCCGGAAGAUUGAUUAAACGUUUGGCAUGUUAACGCGUAUCUAUCCCCUCGAGGCAAAUCCCGCGUCUCUGUAUAUAGUGCGCGACUCUGUAUAUGUACGUAUGUAUAUACACACGCCAGAGUGAAUCCUAUAGUCUUGUCUCGCGGCGGACAGUUCGGAAGCUGCCACGGUAUUUCCAAUUCGGUACCGUAGGUAAGCUCCGACUAGAAGCGACGAAGCAAUUGGCAAUUCGCCUCGGCGGGACUUUCAGCACUUUCAAUUCGCACGGGGAGCCCCACUCGCCGGGCGUAUACAUGGCGGCACAAAAGGACCCGGAUGGAGAGAAGGACACUCCCCCGCGACGGGAGGAAUCCGCCGCAUUCAGAUGCGCCGUGACGAUCACGGCCAUCCAGGUGGACUGCUGCACGCUCCUCUCAAGAAUCGGGAAUCACUGUUUUCCACGACCGAAAACCUCUCCGGAUAUAUCGAUCGCGCGGAAGGCGCACAGAAGCGCUCCGACUCUCCGGAGAUUUGCACGUGCCUCUCAACAUUUAUCCUAGUCUCGGAUUCUCUCCUCAAAAUGCCGUUUCUUUCGCGGAAGUAAUUUAUUGGUUCAAUGAAGCGUAUCGGUUUACUGUUUCUCGUAAAGUUUAUCCGAAUUUACGAAAAUCGGCUGGACCUUUAGAAAAAUUUUUUCACAUUUAUCUACCGCGCUGUUUUUACAAAAUAUUUUUUUCCUCGAAAACUUUGUAAAACAGUAGAAAAUUGUUAUAUUACGCGGGCGAGAUUUAUCGUGCUCUAUCAAACAGCAAGUAAUUGUUGUCCAUAUUGAAUCGCGUGCAAACGUUGAGAAAAUUGGGUUUAAGCCGGACGCGCGGCGGAAAAUUUAGCAGGUAGCAAAAUCCACGUAAUUAAAAGAUAAAAGGAUCAGAGGAGGUUCGAGCGCUGGGCUAGCUGCGGGCAGUAGUUUAUUUGUAUCGCGGCCUCUAUCUAAACCGUCCGCAGGUCUUCAACUUUAUUCUCUUUUACAAACGAUAAAAUCGAAGGACUGAGUCCACCAGAGCUGAGAGUAAAGAAAAAUAUUGUCUGGUCUGACAUACAAUAUUCCCGUCUAUUGAUAAUUUAAUUAAAAAUCGUGGCAUUUAUAAUUAACAUUUGUAACUGCAGUGCUUUGCGAGAAACACUUCGUUUUUCAUUUGUUUGUAAAAAAAAAAGUAAAAAACGCUUGAAAAAUGUAAAAAAAGCAAUCAACGCUUCCGGGGUUUCCGUUGAAGAAAGAAAUGCGACUCCAAUUUGGUCGCAGACUCUCACUACAUGGCACACAAUCGCGAAUAUUGAACUACCCUGUACGACUCUUUGGUAAAAAAUAGACCGCGUUUGUGUCUGCGCGAUAUAAAAAACGUAAUAUUCGGCGUAUGUAACCAAGGUAUGUAGCCUCAGUGAAAUUCACAAUUGUGGGUACGGUUGAAUUUCACUGACGGAAUGGCGCGCACAAACGAUGGCGUGCGUUAUUCGGUGAAGGCAUCGCUAUUGGCCGGAUAAAAAUCCCAAGCUGAACAAACACACCGAAGCACGCUCGGGAUCUCUACGCACCGCUUACUUCUUGCAUCGGAUUAAUCGGGGCUUUUUUUGGCCGCGCGCGCACACACAUACACACGCAGUCACAUAUAGAUACGCGUAUUGUUGCACGCAACAUCACGAACUCGCCACUGAUUCCUCCACUGUUGCGCGCCUGAUAAAAAUCGUUUCACCGUGAAUAAAAGAAUCCGCGGUGAUACCGUUACUGUUUCGGUUUUCGCACUCUAUCUCUCGCUCUCUUUUUUUCUCUUUCUCCGUCAGUGCGCCCGAAAUAUGCAGACCAUGAAAAUUGUCGCAAAUUCCGAAAAUAUCUCGGUUAGCCGUUAUUGACGCGAAACGAAGUCACGCCGAGUGCGUCAGCGUGGUUUUCCCAAGCGCGGUCUAAAGCACGCCUGGCAAAAGUGUCAUAAAACUACUGAAAGCUUUUCAUGUUACCGCUUCGCGGACUUCAGUCUGAGUUUAGUACUUAUCAAUGGACUACACAGCUUUAACAGAAUCCUGAUAAAUAUACGCUGGACUUCGAAAUAAGAAAAAAACUCCGAUUCAAAUGUCACGUCGCAUAAUUUUGCCAACAGCUUUGCUUGAGCCAAGAGUUAGUAUAAUUAGUCCUUGAAUCUUUUCCUCUAAUAUCUGCUACUUCAACGCGUCAUAUCUUCAUCUCCCGGCAAAGACUUUUAGUAACUUCCGUAUCUCAAGCUCCUAACUCGAUUUGCUCGUUAACUCGUGAUUCGCUACUACUAAAUCUACUGCAUCGUGUUUUUCUCGAGCUGUAACUUUAGGCUUCGCCGCCGCGCAAGUCCCCCGAGCGAAACUUAGCGGGGGAGAAAGAAAGAAAAAGAGGGAAAAAAAAGAAGAAAAUGGGAAGGAAACGAGCCGCCGGUUCCGGAUCCAUCGAUCGAUUGGUCGGUUUGCCCACUCGUAGAACGGACGUUCCAUUCCCCCGAGAAACUUUCGCGGUAAAACCACCCCCGUUCGCGUGCGCGCAUUCUCCGACAUCCUGGUACCUCAUUCCCCCCUCCCCUUCUUUCUCCUCUUCCAUUUUUCGCCGCGUGCCUCCACACGCCGCUUCCCCGAUUCCACUUUGCCUCUUAUCGACUUCCGCCUUCCUUCCUAACCUAAGGACUCGCCUGGCCAUUUCUCUUGCGACCGGGCAACACCACCAACCGCCGGCCGGUGGGGAAAAGAGAUAGCCGGAAAAGCGAGUUCGUUCUCGUGACUAAUUGAGCUAUCGGUUCACCGGCGAGAGAGAUACGAUAGGUCGGCGAGAGAGACGAUUCCGGGGAGCACGAGGAAUGUCUCCGGCCUCCAUUGUUCCUCCUUUCUCCGAUGUGGUCCGACGUGUUUUCGCUUGCUCGUCUCACGAGUACUUAUCGUGCGGCCGGGCGGAGCAAGUGAGCGGCCAUCUCGCCGUCUCCAUAAACGUACCGUUUUAUAACCGUUUUGGCUUGCUUAGCUGUCCUUCGAAAGGGUCGAGAAAGUCGUGAGCAAAAUUCCCGCGCCCGUUUAUUCACUCUUCUUCUCAUCGCUUGAUUUCAUUGAGACCGUUUCCUCGCGCCAUUAUUUUACUUCCUCGCGUCGGCGA